UCAAAUCUCUUUUAUAGAUUAGCAGAAUUAAAAAAGCAGGAAGGAAAUGUUCUAUAUAAGGAACAAAGAUAUAGAGAGGCUCUCAAAUUAUAUAAAGAAGCAAUUGAAUUAUGCCCAAAUUGUGCUGCCUAUUAUGGAAAUAAGGCAGCUUGUCUUAUGAUGAUGGGUUAUUAUAGACUUGCAUUGGAAGAAAUUCAAAAAGCUGUUAAACUGGAUCACAAUUUUGUGAAGGGUUAUUUAAGAGAAGCAAAAUGUCAUAUAGCUUUAGGAGAUGCAACUGCUGCACUAUAUUGUCUACAAAGGGUUCAAGAAUUAGAACCUAGAAAUCCUACAUUACCAGCAGAGUUUAAGAAUGUUGAAACUCUUCAGUUUUUUAUUCAGGAAGGUGAAAAAGCUUACGAAAAGAAAGAUUUCCGUAAGGUUGUUUUUUGUAUGGACAGAGCUCUACAGCAAGCUGUUGAUUGUACAAAACUUCGGUUAGUAAAAGCAGAAUGUUUAGUAUUUUUAGGAAGGUACCAAGAAGCUCAAGAAAUUGCUAAUGAUAUAAUUAAUUUAGAUCCAGUUAACGUUGAUGCUUUGUAUGUCCGAGGAAUGUGUCUGUACUAUCAAGAUCAUCUAGAAAAGGCAUUUAGUCACUUUCAGCAAGUACUUAAAUUAACACCUGACCAUGCGAAAGCUCGUGAUAUUUAUAGAAAAGCAAAAUUAUUAAAAAUGAAAAAGGAAGAUGGUAAUACAGCAUUCAAGAAUGGCCAGUUACAGGAAGCUUACAAUAUUUAUUCUAGUGCCCUCAAAAUUGAUGAGAAUAAUAUAUAUACAAAUGCAAAACUUUAUUUUAACCGUGCCACUGUUAGUUCAAAGAUUAAUAAGUUACAGCAAGCUAUUGAUGACUGUAAUCAGGCAAUCAAGUUAGAUGAAAAUUAUUUGAAAGCAUAUUUAAGAAGAGCAAAAUGUUACAUGGACAUGAAUAUGUUUGAAGAAGCCAUACGUGAUUAUGAGACUGUGUACAAAAAAGAUAAAACGAGAGAGCAUAAACAGUUACUUGAUCAAGCAAAAUUGGAAUUAAAAAAGAGUAAAAGAAAAGAUUACUAUCAGAUUCUUGGUGUAAACAAAAAUGCAGAUGAUGAUGAGAUUAAAAAAGCUUAUAGAAAAAGAGCAUUAUUACACCAUCCCGAUCGUCAUUCAAAUGCUUCUGACGAAGAAAAGAGAGAACAGGAAAAGAAAUUCAAAGAGUUAGGGGAAGCAUAUAGCAUUCUUUCCGAUCCAAAAAAACGUACUCGCUACGAUAAUGGAUAUGACUUAGAAGAUGGAGAAGGUGUUGCCGAUAUAGAUCCAAAUCAUAUUUUUCAAGCAUUUUUUGGUGGACCAGGAGGAUUUACUUUUACUAGUUCUGGCAGUUCUGGUUAUGGACAGAGUUAUUCAUUUCCCGGCGGAUUCUCUUUUCAGUUCGGUUGAGAUAAAUGCACUCUAUUUAUUUAUCAUUAUAUAAUGUACUGUAUUGCAAUGAUUGAGAUUCGAGUAAAAGAGUGCAUAAACAAAAAAAUAGCAAAGUGUACUUGUGUUCCCUAACCAUUCAUAUAAAAGCUAUCAUUAUUGCAAUACGAAAAUUGUCCCUUCGAAAUCAAACUGCUAAAAAAAAUUGUUAAAAUAUGAAACGACUCAACAAUUUACGUAGAAACUUAAAAAUGUCGAACAACAAAUUUUAGAUGUAAAAUUUUAUUAUUAAUUAUUAUUAUUAUUGUUAUUACGGUAUUAUUACUAUGAUUAUUAUUGUAAACGAUACUGUGAUGUUCUAUGCAGAAAGAUAUUCUUUACAAGAAGUAUUCAUAUUUUUGUUUUUAAUUACAGAACAGCAUUGUUUGGUAAUAUAUACAAGAACAUAUAAAUUAUUAUGAAAUAUACUCUUUUAAUUUUUUUUAUCUACUGUUUAAAUGUGGAAGUUAUUAAUGCUAGAAAUUUUAAUUUAAAAGAACAAAAGCAUAAUAAUAACAAGAAAAGGGUAAUUGUGAUGAAAAUAUUUUCAUUAAAUUCUGUAAAUAAUUUAAGAAUAUAUUUAAAAUAGUAAAGAGAAUUUAUUAAGAUUUUAAAAAAGGAAAUUCGAUAAUUUUGUCCUGGAUAAUUUUAUCCAAAUGAAAGCUACUCAUUUUAAAUAAACUUCGAUUGAAAAUUCUCAAACUCCAGUGUUUAAAAAUUGCUAACUCAACAUAAUUUUGAUUCAUCGAAACGGGAAAGAAUAGUAAAAGUUUUCAUUUUAGAGUUUUGAUAAAAGUACAAAAAACAUUUAUUUUACUUCUACAUAAAAUACAAUUAUUUACAGCAGUUACAUUUUAAAAUAUAUAGGCUAAUAUAAUAUAUAACAUAUUUUUCUGAUUAAAAGCAGGUAUAUCAAGCUAUGCAUAAUUGACUGCCAGUAAUUAUGUUAAGAACAAAUUUCAAUUUUUUUUAAAAAUAAAAUUGACUUAAAAUCUGAUUGCAAGUUCCUAGAAUAUAGGCUUCCCCGUACGUUAUUAUAAUUUGUAAAUUUAUACAUUUUUACUUAAUGACAAAGAAAAAAAAUUAAUUUUGGAUAUGAUAAAUUGGUGAAAGUUAAAUCUUUGGCACUAGAGGAAGAAUAAAGAAAGGAUUUUAAUUUACUGUAAUAAUUAACAUUGUAUGUUUUUUCAUUUUGUUCUUAUUUUGAUAAGAACAAAAUUUCCAUUAUGUAAAUAAAUUAUGCAUAAGUUAUAAUUUGUGUGUAAUUUUUUUUAUCGGUGAAGCUAAGUAGUUAUGGAAUAAUAUGUUUAAAAUUCCACAUGCUAGUCAGAGAAUUAAUUUUUGAUACUCAUAGUAACUCUCGUCUAGAAUUUUACUUACAAAAGAAAGUAAUAUUGGCACUGUUUAUAAUAUAGUAUAUUUAUAUACACUAAGAAAUUUUAUUGUCACACUAGUAGCCUUAUCUUGUCAUACUCAGAUUUUGUAUAUUACAAUUCCUGUAUAGUUCACAUAAUAAAGUUUUAUGGAGAAACAUCUAGUUAACAAAAAUUUCUAAUAAAAACAUAAAGUAAAA